AUGCUAUCAUUUCCAGUUAUUUCAUUUCUUUUCCUUCAUAUAUCGACAGUACAACGAUAUAUUGGAUCGGAACUAUUAUUACAAUAUUAUCAAAAUGAACAAUAUCGAAAUCACUACUUUCUAUGGUUAUCAUUAGCAUUACCAUCAAUAUCAUCAUUAUCAUCACCAUCAUCAAUAGCAUCAGCGGCAGCAAUACCACCAUCAUCAAUAUCAUUGAUGGAAUUUCCUGAGAUUAGCAAAAAUACGAUGAUAAAUCGAAAUAGAUAUCAAUUUAGGAGGAAAAUUAGAGCAGCAACAGCACACAAAGAACGAUUAUGGCCAAAUGGUGUGAUACCAUACGAUAUAUCAGAUAAUUUUACAGGUGAACAUAAGCGUUUAUUUCAGAGGGCUAUGCGCCAUUGGGAGAAUAACACAUGCAUUACGUUUAUACCACGUCAACCGGAACAUCUUAAUUACAUCGUUUUUACCGUCGAUAAAUGCGGCUGUUGCUCAUAUGUUGGCAGGAAAAGUAAUGGACCACAAGCGAUAAGUAUUGGAAAGAAUUGUGAUAAAUUCGGAAUUGUUGUACAUGAAUUAGGCCAUGUGAUUGGCUUCUGGCAUGAGCAUACACGUCUGGAUCGUGAUCAACAUGUUGAUAUAUUUUACAAAAGCAUUCAGCAAGCGCAAGAUUAUAAUUUUGAGAAAUUAAAACCCGAUGAGAUUGAUUCACUCGGAGAGCCAUAUGAUUAUGCAUCGAUUAUGCACUAUUCUCGUGAUACAUUUUCUCGAGCAAUGUAUUUGGACACAAUUUUGCCAAAAGGAAAAUUUGGUGAACGGCCAGAAAUUGGCCAACGAACGCAAUUAUCACCGGGCGAUAUUUCACAAACGAAGAAACUUUAUAAAUGCACAGCUUGCGGUGAAACAUUGGUGAAAGAAUUUGGUGAGUUACGUUUAAAUGGUAGUGGUACCAUAUGUCAAUGGCGUAUCAUUGCUGCAUUUGGUGAAUUUAUUGUUCUCAAUAUUUCCACCCUUGAUUUACCAUUACCAAAACGUGAUUGUGCCUCAGAAAGGGAUAAUUAUUUAAUUGUUAGAGAUGGUCAUUACAGUGGUUCACCUAUUUCAGAUAAAUUAUGUGGUGGCGUAAUAUCACGUACAAUCAUUUCAACUGGCAAUAGGCUUUUUAUUCAAACGCAAACAUCCUAUCCACUAUUUUCCAUCUUUGCGCAUUAUAUUACUGUUUGUGGUGGACAUAUUGUUAGUGAUGUUGGUAUCAUACAAAGUCCACGAUAUCCGGAAAACUAUAUGCCUGAUGAGGAAUGUAAAUGGCUUAUUACCGUUCCAGAAGGCUAUCAAGUUGCUUUAACAUUUCAUUUUUUUAAUCUUGAAACACAUAGAGAUUGCAUAUAUGAUCGAUUGGAAAUAUACGAUGGUACAGUGGUUGAAUCGACUGCACUACUUUCUAAAUUAUGCGGUCAGGUAGUAAACAAAUCAGUUGUUUCACAUUUCAAUACCGCUCUGUUAUUGUUUAUUUCGGAUAGUUCGGUGCAAAAAGAAGGUUUUCAUAUUAGUUUCACCAAAGAAAUUGAUGAAUGCAAAUCAAAUAAUCAUGGAUGUGAGCAUCAUUGUGUGAAUAAAAUUGGUAAUUAUGAAUGUGAAUGUAAUAUCGGAUAUUUAUUGCGUUCAGAUGGAAGAACUUGCCAAAGUACAUGUGGUGGUAUUAUAAAAGCAUCAAGUGGAACUUUUCAUAGUCCAAAUUAUCCAUUAAAUUAUGCACCACUCAAAACAUGUGUUUGGCAAAUUGAAGCUGAUGAUGAAUAUCAAAUUAUUGUUAAUUUUACAAAUUUUGAUGUGGAAGGAAUGAAAUCAGCAUGUUCCUACGAUUAUGUUCUCAUCCAAAAUGAUGAAGGAAUAGAAGAACGCUAUUGUGGACAUUAUAAUUCAUUGGUAUAUACAUCAACAACAAAUCGAAUUAAAGUUUUAUUCGUUUCCGAUAAUACGAUAGAAAAAAGUGGCUUCAUGGCAUAUUUUAUCACCGAUUUGGAUGAAUGUCGUAAUAACAAUGCCGGUUGUCAACAACGUUGUAUAAAUACAAUUGGUUCAUAUCAGUGUGAAUGUGAAAGUGGUUAUGUUUUGGCAGAUGAUGGACAUAACUGUAAAGAGGGUGGAUGUAAUUUACAACUAUGUGAUCCGGAAGGUGAAAUUACUUCACCAAAUUAUCCACUUGAUUAUCCAAAAGGAAAGAAUUGCAACUGGCAUUUUGUUACUACACCAGGACAUCGUCUUUCACUUUCAUUUGAAGAAUUCAUGUUUGAAGAACACAAUACCUGCAAAUACGACCAUAUUGAGGUAUUUGAUGGUAGUAACAAUGAUGCUACAUCUUUGGGAAUUUUUUGCGGUAGUGAUGUACCACCAAAUUUACAAUCAUCCUCUAAUCAAUUAUUCAUGAUAAUGCAUACGGAUGAUAGCGUUGAUCGUCGUGGAUUUAAGGCUUUCUAUUCCUCAAUUUGUGGUGGUAAUUUGAAAGCUGAACAAACUAUUGGUUAUAUUUACUCUCAUGCUCGUUAUAGUGAUGGCAAAUAUGAGAAAAAGAUGAGAUGUGAAUGGAGAAUCUUGGCGGAACCAAAUCGCGGCGUAAACAUUCGUUUUGCACAAUUUGAUUUAGAACGUGAGGCAAAUUGCGAGUUCGAUUAUAUUGAGAUUUAUGAUGGAGAUGAGAUUUUGGAAGAAUAUCGUGUGGCUCGAUAUUGUGGUGAUAAGUUACCACCAUCUUUCACAUCAACUGGAAGAAAUUUGUUACUACUUUUGAUUACGGAUGAAUCCGAAGAACAGAAAGGUUUCAUUGCGGAAUAUCAAUCAACUAUACCAGGCACAAUUGCGCCAUUCACUUCAACAACACAUCGACCUUCACGUGAACCUAUUAUUAAUAACGAUUAG